AUGAGCGAAGAGUUCCGCAUCGAUGUACCCACAACAGUCAUCGGAUAUGAUGAAGCUAUUACAAAGCCAACACUUCUUUACCAGUUUGCUCAGACAUUCGGAAAUGGAGUAUCUAAUGGUCCAUUCCGCCUUCAAAUUACAGAUCCGGAAAAUCCAUUAUUCUUAUUCACUUACGAAUUAUCAGUAAACGAUUUCCCAGAACUUAAAGAACAACUCAAGCUUUAUUGCCAAUUUCCAAAUCUAUCAAAGAGCUUUUAUGAUUUACUUGUUUGCUGCGUUGAUUCAGAAGAUUAUGGUGCAGUCAUUAAUCUUCAUGACUUCCAAAAGCCAAAACUUCUCCUUCAGCAAAAAACGAAAAUUUCACUUUAUACAUUAUUCCAAAUCGAUAUAGUUGCAGCAAGUGAAGCUAAGCUUAACCAGUAUCUCUCCGGUGAAGUAAAGAGAUAUAAAUCAGCUUUCCUUAACAAGGGUAAGAACUAUGAUGAUUUAACAAUUCAACUUCAAGAAACAGAGAAAUCUAUGGAUGAAAUGGAAAAGAGUUACAAGCUUCAACUUGAAGAACAAGACAAGAAAGCUCAAGAAACACUUCAAAAGGUUUCCGAACAGUACGAAACUCGUCUUGACGAACUCCAAAAGUCAUCAAAGGAAGCACUUGAAGCAGCUCGCCAAGAACGCCAGAAAUCAGAGACAGAAAUGACAAAUAAAUAUGAACAAUUGCUUAAUGAUCUCAGAAAACAGAAUGCUCAAAUUCUUGAAGAGAAGACACAAGUUUCUGUUGUCAAAGAACGCUUUGAAGAAAAAAUCAAGUCUCUUGAACAGCAAUUACACGAUGCAAAUACAGCCAAGGCCACAAUCGAAGCCCAGAAGAAUGAACUUUCUGCGCAGCUGUUGAGUGCAUCUUCUACAUCAGCAGGAUUCUCUAAGGAAGCCGAAACUCUUAAAGAAAAGAUUACAUUAUUAGAAAAAACAGUUGAACACGAUAAGGAUGUUCAAGAUUCACAAGCUAAGAUAAUAGAGGGCCUCCAAGCUGAUGUUGCUAAGAAAGAUGAAGAAAAUGCUCAGAUUCGUGCAAGAUUAUCAGAAAAUGAAGACAAAGCAAGACAGCACGACUGGAUUGCUGCUAAGUCCAAGCAAGUUAUCGAGAAGUUCAUGGCCGAAGCUAAAGAACUUAAUUUGCAGAUUGCACAGCUCAAAUCACAACUCGAUGAGCGUACACAGCAGAUGACAGAGAUGCAAGUCGAAAAUGCACAUGCAGAAGAGCGUAUUAAAGCACUUAAUGAUACAAUUGAUCGUGAAAAUGCAGAAAUGAAGGAACUGAGAACUAGAAACGAUGCUCUCCAAAAGCAGAUAGCAGAAAUGAAGGAUAAGAGCGCUACUGACGAGAUAACAAUCCAGCACUUGAACAAGAGACUCAACGAACACGAGUUAGAAAAUCCUCCAUGUGACGGAUUUAGCUCAUCCUUCAAGGGAGGAUCUCAAAAUAAGAAAUUAUUGCCUAGCUUGCAGCCAAUUGCUGAUGUCAAUGGCGCUGCUUCUGUUUGGGAUUCCACAGCUUUCUUCUAA